UCGUGUGAUUCUAGGAGGUGUUAGUUGGCUGGGAGACAUAGCUGCGAGGUGAUUGAAGGUCUUGCUGAUAGACGGCAGGAACAUGGGGCUCGGGCUGCUUCUGCUGCCCGCGGUGCUGGCGUUGUUAUGUGGGAGAGAAGCUGAGUGUACAGCUGGCUUCAUUAAAUCUCCACUAUCGGAAGUUGGGUUGACAGGGGAAGCGGUGGAGCUACAUUGUGAAGCCAUUGGCCGACCCAUACCAGAGAUUCAAUGGUGGUUUGAGGCAGACUACAGCAACAAUGAGAGCUUCUCCCAGCUAUGGGAUGGUGCUCGUGAAGAACGUGUGCAAAUUAAUGCCACCUAUGUCUUCCAUGCCACAAGUUCUCUCUAUCUCACAAGCUUGAUUCCUGAGGACUCUGGGACCUACGAAUGUCGGGCUAGCAAUGACCCUGACCGCAACCAUCUAACUAAGAUUCCACGCAUCAAAUGGAUCCGCUCCCAAGCCAAUGUGAUGGUCAUUGACCAUCCAGAUAUUAUGACAAAUGCAGUAUAUAUGACCGAAAACACAAUGAUUCUGACCUGUAACCUGUCUGCUAAUUCUUUUGUCUCUGGCCACCGGUGGCUAAAGGGUGGUAAGGUCCUUAAGGAAGAUAAGGACACUUCUAAUAUCAUGACUUACAAUGUUUCAGGGCUGCCUGAAGAGGGCUCGGGUCAGUACAUAUGUGAAUUCUUGACUACACCUAAUGUGAGCAAGGUUGUUAAUGUGUCAGUUUCACCCCAAGUGCACCACUACAAAGCAACAGAGCAUGGCAAUGAGGGAGAUACAGGUGUGCUGACUUGUAAAAGCAGCUCCUUCCCACCUGUCACUGACUGGUCAUGGUACAUUGUCUCUCCUAAUGGAGUAGAGGCCAUAGGAAAUGGAAGCUCAGAUCGUUACGUUAUAAAAUCCUCUGGCAAUCAGACGGUACUGAGAAUACAUAAUCUGGAUAUUGAGAAUGACCAACAUGAUUACACGUGCAAUGGCACAAAUGAGCUGGGUGCUAAAGGGGAUGUAGUACACCUCCAUGUUCGAAGUCGUCUAGCUGCCCUCUGGCCUUUCUUGGGCAUUGUUGGAGAAGUAGUGGUACUGGUCACAAUAAUUUUUAUCUAUGAGAAGAGGAGAAAGCCUGAUGAAGUAUGUGAAGAUGAAGACUCUGCAACAGGUGCUCUAAAAAGUAAUUCCGGCGCAAACCAUGACACACUGCGCCAGAGGAAUUCAAACUGAGGCCCUAAAGGUAUUCAUAGAAGAACAGACACAUUUGCUCCAGUUUUUUUUUUUUUUUUUUUUUUUUUUCCUCCGUCCUGCUUCCUGGUACCUCCACAAUAUCACAUCUCUGCUAGUGCUCUGCCUAACCUAUUUGUAUUUUCCAUGUUUGUGUUAACAAAGAGCCGCUUAUAUAAGCCAGGUUAUACCUCCAUAGGACAUUUUACUUUAAAUCUACAAAUGUCAUUAAAGCAUCUGCUAGGUUAACCCACAGAGAAUAUAUUUCCACUGAUUCCAUAAUGAUAUUUCAUUGUAUUUUAUCUGGAGAAUUUUUUUUUUUUAAUUUUUUUUUUUUUGCCUCUUUGAUUGGUUUGACCUUGUGAGAGCUGUAUAUACUAAAAGGAGAAUAUCUUUGGGGGGGAUUGGGUUAAUGUUGUAGGUGUUGUCCCACAGUCCAUUCUUUAAUAUUAAAUCACUUCCUAGGGGAGCUCUGCAAGUGGAUAAUGGAUUCUAAAAUCUUUAGUGAUCAGUUAAAAUGUUUUUAAAGUACUUGUUAACACAGAUCAGUUUAAAGUAUUUAUGUACUAUUUUGCUUCUGAGAGAAGUUUUGAUUCAAAUAAACUUUUUUUUUUUUUU